UUAGGUUGGUACGAUAGUAGAGUAAUAUAUUAAUACUCCAGUUAGUCAAACAUUUUUUCGAUGUGAUUUCCUUUUAAAGCCACGUUUUUAAUUGAACUGUUCAACUUUAAAAUAUCCAUUCUGCGCGCGCAUCAUUUUUUAAAUUUGGCAAUACGUCUGGCGGGAUAAUUUUUAAACAUUCCAACCUAAAAAAUCAUAAAUUCAUAAUUAUUUAUUAAAAUGCAAUCGUUUUUAAAGUCGGGGAAAAUAAAUGUUGAAGAUAAAUCGAAUUCAGGUUCAUCUAAACAAGUUAAAAAGUCUAAAUCUAUACCUUGGGUUGAAAAAUAUCGCCCCAAAACUGUAUCUGAUGUCGUCGAACAAAACGAAGCUGUUACCGUACUCCAACAAUGUAUAGAAGGUGCGGAUUUACCGAAUUUAUUGUUUUAUGGACCCCCGGGUACAGGAAAAACCAGUACAAUUCUCGCAGCGGCGAGACAAUUAUUUGGAGAUAUUUAUAAAGACCGCAUUUUGGAAUUGAACGCUUCCGAUGAACGGGGUAUUCAAGUUAUUCGAGAUAAAGUUAAAGUUUUUGCUCAACUCACUGCAAGUGCUACUCGACCAGAUGGAAAACCUUGCCCUCCAUUUAAAAUCGUGAUCUUAGAUGAAGCCGAUUCAAUGACUCAUGCAGCUCAAGCUGCUUUACGUCGAACAAUGGAAAAAGAAACGAAAUCAACAAGAUUUUGUUUACUUUGUAAUUACGUUUCUAGAAUUAUUGAGCCUUUAACAUCAAGGUGUACUAAAUUUCGAUUUAAACCAUUAAAUGAAUCAAUGAUUUAUGAAAGAUUGAGUCUUAUUUGUGAGAAAGAAGGUGUUAAAGCCAAUGAUGAUGUUUUAAAUAAACUGGUUGAAACUAGUGGUGGUGAUAUGAGAAGAGCAAUUACUUGCCUUCAAAGUUGUUCUAGAUUAAAAGGCGUGGACUUUGGUAUAAAAGAUGUUUUAGAAGUUACUGGAGUUGUUCCAAAAGAAUGGCUUGAUGAUUAUUUGAACGUUUGUAAAACUAAUAAUUAUAAUAAAUUGGAGGAAUUUAUUGAGAAAUUUAUGUUGGAGGCUUAUUCUGGGUUGCAGAUAUUGGAGCAAAUGAAUGAUUUAUUGAUUGAGUCUAAUGAAUUUAAUAAUAAACAAAAAGCUAUUAUUGGUGAAAAACUUGCGUUAUCGAGUUAUCGUUUACAAGAUGGUUCUUCAGAAUAUAUCCAACUCUUAGAUUUAGGUUGUACUUUAAUGACAGCUUAUCACAUUUCUUGAUCUGUUACUACAUGCUUUAAAAGUAAAUAAAAAAUACUAUUGAA